CAGCACCAUGAAAAAACUGAAACCGGCGACUUUUCUUAUUUUACUAGCUUUUCUUUUCGAAACCGGGUGUACGGAAAAUUGUCUGAGCAACGAUAUUCAUGCAUUAAUUUUGGCCAGGGGAGGCAGCAAAGGCAUCAAGCUGAAAAACCUGGCUGAAGUUGGUGGCUCAUCGCUUUUGGCCCGCACAAUUAUGACCAUCAAAAAUUCGACUUGCUUUCGACACAUUUGGGUUUCCACAGAUGACAAACGAAUUGCCAUCGAGGCGCAAAAGUAUGGUGCCACAAUACAUCGACGGCCCGAGAAAUUCGCCAGAGAUGAUACCCCAUCACUUCAUGCCAUUUCGGAGUUCCUAGAUGUUCACCGGAGUAUUCAGGACUUUGCUCUAUUCCAAUGCACAUCCGUGUUCCUGAAAACCAAGUACAUUCAAGAGGCUGUUCGAAAGUUCGACUCCCACGACUGCGUUUUUGCCGCUAAGAGAUCACAUUACCUGCGAUGGAAGGUGGUCGAUGGGGAAUUGAUGCCAGCGGAAUUCGACUUGAGUGCCAGGCCAAGACGCCAAGAUUGGCAGGGUGAUAUUGUGGAAACCGGAAUGUUUUACUUCUCGAGGAGGAAACUGGUGGACAAUGGGCUACUGCAGAACAAUAGGUGCUCCGUUGUGGAAAUCGAUGCCAAGGAUAGUCUGGAAAUUGACUCCAGCCACGAUCUGACUCUAGCCAAGUACCUCUUAAGUAGUGAAACCAAAACGGAGUUAUAG